AUGCUUCCAAUUAGUACACAUUACACAGAACAACAUUGCAAAACAGGUAAAAGAGAGGAAUUAAACAAUGUGAAUAAUGAUAACAUUCCUAUCACAGACAUGCAGACUGAAGAUAAGUCCACAAAUAUUAGCAAAACUGACAAAUGUUCAGUUAGUUCAGAAAUUCGAAACUCUCGAAUGAAUAAUAGUUAUCGAAAUAUACCUAGAGGUUCAUCCUCUACAAGACAAUUGCAUAAAUAUUCUGCUCCUCAUCCACUGAUGUACUACAAUAUGGCAGGAAAUACAACUGUUAAACAAGCAAAUAAAAAAACUGUAAAAAGAUCCAAUUCGCUUGGAUCAUUGUCUAGCAGACCUCCAUUUUAUCCUCCUGGUCCGCAAUCCUGGGAUGAUAUAAACGCUCAUUCGAAUACACCACGUAUACAAAGAAUACGAAUGGCUAGAGAAUGGUAUAAAAGAUCAAAUUCCCUAAGAGUUGUUGGUCGCGGGACAGAAACAGUUAAAAGAAUGAGUAUCCCAACAAAUACUGAGAGCAGUGCAAAAUAUGUUUCACCCAUACAAAACACAACUAACCAGAGACCAGUAAGCGUUGAUCGGACAAACUUGAAACCUUCACUUCGCCCUUGGGAAUCUUAUAGACUCAGACCAUGUUCAGUUAACUCAUUAUGGUCAUUGAACUAUGUAAAUGAAGACCACAAAAUAACACAUCCUCCACACAAUGGUGUGCAUUCACCGUUUUGGUGUACUGACGAUAAAUGUUCAUUUUGUCCUCAUAGCCACUCAACCGACUCAUUGAACGUUAAAGAUUCAAAAUGUAUCAACCAGUACAAUCUAAAGUCAUCAGUUUCUCAGCGAAAUAAGGACUUCCAAAGGAUUGCAGAUAAAUAUGAUUUCAUCAACGAAGAUAGUAUGAGAAGUCCAUCAGAAGUAUGCAAUGAAGAGAAAAAACGAGGAAGCUACAAUUUACAUAAAAAUUUAUUCACUUAUAAACCAUAUUUUCAAUCUUUAAGAAAGCUAAAUCUAAUCGCACAACCAGCGCUUACGAGUCUUUGUAAUACGACAAAUCAUCCCCAUAUAAAGCCUUCUUAUUCAACAUCUAACUUAUUAAAUUCCAAGCAUCAACCCGUGAAAAAUAAUUCACUUCGUAACGAAACAUUAAAGCCAUUAAUACUGGAUAAUAUUAAGAAAAAGAUAGAUAAACCUCGUUAUCGAUCUAUCGCAUAUAAAUCAAUUUGUCCGAAUAAUGAAAAGCAUAUUUCAAGUGUAUUUCAAUCUUAUCCCAAACAGCUUAUUAUUCACAGUGAGAAUUUCAUUUCAAGAUUUGGCCAUAAUGCUUUUGUCAAAACAACUGGCAAUAAACAGGAUAUUAAUUUGUUAAAAGGUCGCAUCAUACAUGACUUAACAUUUGUUCCAGUAGACAAUGCAAUACCAUGGUGGACAAGGUCAUCAUUAAAUCAAUCAGUUAGUUAUAUUUAA